UAUUUUAAGAAAAAUGGCUCCUUCAAUUGAUCUUACUGUUAAAGUUCACCCAGUUGUUUAUAUGUCUAUAAUCGAUGCUUAUGAACGCAAAUCUUCUUCAAAUAUUGGCAAGACAGUUUCAACAACUACAAUGUCUGCCCAACGCCAAGAAAGAGUGGAAAGUCGUGCUUUGGGGACUUUACUUGGAUUUUAUGAGAAGAAUGUUGUUCAGGCAACCAAUUGUUAUGCUAUUCCAUUUUCUGAUGCUGUAAUAGACAAUCCUGAAAUUAACGAUAAUUUUAAUCGUUCAAUGUGGCAAAUGUGUAAACGUUCUUCUCCUACAGAACAAAUUGUUGGAUGGUUCUUUACUGUUCCAGAUUUGCCUGAUUCGUGUUUUCAUUUCAAUACAUAUUAUAGCCAGUUAAUGGCUCGCGAAGCAACUAAAAAAGAACUUCCACCUGUUAUUUUGCUUACUAUGGAUUUGACUUUUUCCGGUUCAACAGCAAAUCGUUUGCCUGUUAAAGCUUUUACUAUGCGUGAUGGUGCUUUUUGCCCUUUAAAUGUGGAAAUGGAUGCUUUUUUGGGAGAGGCUGUUGCUCUCAAUUUUAUUACGAGAGGAAUAGACUCGGAACGUCGUGAAAUUGAAUUGGGAGAUGAACAGGAACAAUUGUUAGAAUGUACAGAAAAUAUAUUGACCUGGUUAGAGCGUAUAAUGCGUUAUGUUAAAAAUGUGUUAAAUGGAAAAGAGGAAAAUCCUAAUCCUGAAGUUGGGAGAAAAUUGAUGGAGCUUGUUGAAUUGGCAAAUACUCAAUUACCUCCAGCUCGUCUCGAAAGUCUUUCUAAGCAUUCUUUGCGUGAUUAUUUGAUGGUUUCCUUAUUGGCGAAUUUGGCAAAGACCCAAUUAUCGAUUCAAGAGAAAUUAGUUACUGGCUAA